AAAAAGAAAAAACUUCCCAUACACACACAAAAAAAAAAAAAGAAUGGAAGAGAGAGAGGAAGUGAAACUAUUGGGAGUAUGGUACAGUCCAUACGCAAUAAGACCAAAGAUCGCUCUUCAUCUCAAAUCGGUUGAGUAUGAUUACGUUGAGGAAGAUCUCUUUGGAUCCAAGAGUGAGCUUCUUCUCAAAUCGAAUCCGGUUCACAAGAAAGUUCCGGUUCUCAUCCACAACAGUAAACCGGUUUGUGAGUCUCUUAACAUCGUUGAGUACAUCGAUGAGACGUGGAACUCGUCUGGACAGUCCAUUCUUCCUUCCCAUCCUCAUGAUCGAGCUCUUGCUCGCUUCUGGUCUGCCUUCGUUGAUAACAAGUGGUUUCCGGCUUUGAAAUUGGCGACAAUCACCAAAUCAGAAGAUGCAAAAGCGAAAUCCAUGGAAGAAGUGGAAGAAGGGUUGUUGCAACUCGAGGAUGCGUUUGUGUCUAUAAGCAAAGGGAAAUCGUUUUUUGGCGGUGAAGCAAUCGGGUUUAUGGACAUUUGCUUGGGAAGCUUUUUGGUUCUCUUGAAAGCUAUGGAGGAGCUUAAAGGGGAAAAACUUCUAGACGAAUCAAAAACUCCUUCUCUUUGUCAAUGGGGAGGUGAGUUCUUAUCUGAUGAGACGGUAAAGAAUGUGGUGCCGGAGAUCAAAAAAGUAGCUGAGUUUCUACGUGAGCUUGAGGUUAGAGCUCAGUCCGCAGCUUCAAGAUCUUGAGAUCAUCUUAGACAUGUAUUGCAAUGCAAGUGUCAAGUAUGUACAUGUGAGUAGAAAAUAAUAAGUUUAAGUAAGUGUUGUUCAGUGUAUGCUAGGAUCUUAAUAAUGAUGCAAUAAAACACAUUUUGAGAUUA